AUGGCUUCAGGUGGUAAACAGCAAUUCCCACCUCAAAAACAAGAGACUCAGCCUGGGAAAGAGCAUGCCAUGGACCCCACCCCUCAGUUCACAAACCCAGAUUACAAACCCUCCAAUAAGCUCCAAGGGAAAGUGGCGCUAGUGACAGGUGGUGACUCUGGGAUAGGGCGAGCUGUGUGCCAUCUCUUUGCUCAAGAGGGUGCAACUGUGGCCUUCACAUAUGUGAAGGAGCAGGAGGACAAGGACGCACGUGACACAAUGCAAAUGAUCAAGCAGGCCAAGACUUCUGAUGCCAAAGACCCCAUGGCACUAGCAGCUGAUCUGGGUUAUGAUGAAAACUGCAAGAAGGUCGUUGAUGAGGUGGCCAAAGCCUAUGGACGCAUUGAUAUUCUGGUUAACAAUGCUGCCGAGCAGUACAAGGCAAGCUCAGUUGAAGAUAUUGAUGAACCCCGUUUGGAGGGGGUGUUCAGGACCAACGUAUUUUCUUAUUUCUUCAUGACCAGGCAUGUUUUGAAGCACAUGAAAGAAGGUGGCUCCAUAAUCUGCACAACAUCAGUGGUGGCCUACAAAGGAAAUGAUAAGCUGCUUGAUUAUACUGCAACAAAGGGUGCCAUUGUGUCCUUCAUUAGAGGACUUGCACUUCACCUAGUAGGCAAAGGCAUACGUGUCAACGGUGUGGCGCCUGGACCAAUCUGGACCCCGUUGAUCCCCUCAUGUUUCGAUGAGGAAGAGACUGCACAGUUUGGCUCUGAAGUGCCAAUGCAGCGCGCUGGGCAGCCGUUUGAGGUUGCCCCGUCCUACGUCUUCCUUGCUUCCAAUGCUUUCUCUUCCUACUAUACUGGCCAAGUUUUCCAUCCUAAUGGUGGGGUAUGA